UCCUCCUUGCUUCGUCCUCUUUUGUAGGCAGAACUCCAGAAUCUCAAAGCUGUAUCUCAUUCUUUCUUUUCCUUCCUUCUCUACUUGAAAUAUCCAACUCGGGGCAAAAAUUUUUCCGAUUCCGUCGGGAGUAAGUGGGGAAAAAUGGAAGGGUCCGUGGACGGGUCAGAAAUUGGAAAAGUGGAAAUGAAUGGAGGAACGGAAAAGCGUCAGCAUGUUCCGUAUAUUCUGAACGGAGAACUCUAUCGGAUUGAGAAUCAGGUUGGCGACAAUGUCACCGUAAAGUGCUGCUACUGUCCGCCGGAUCGGAUUUAUCGCGGCAGCGUGCGCUCCACCGGUAACUUUCACAUGCACAUCAAGCGUCGUCACAGUUCGCUUCUUGGAAAGUUGCAUGAAAUGAAGGUGGCCGCUUUGGAGGAGCGCCGUGAUCGGAUCAUGAAGAAUCGACGGUUUGGUAAGCCACGGAAGAAAUCGCCACCGUGCCAGUCAUCCGGGGACAGCCCGUCGGAUCUAGUGGAGGGCAACAAUGGAGCAGCAGGUGCUCCAACAGGCGCGGUGAGUGAGGAAACCCAUGAGCUGAAAAUCAAAACGGUGUUCCAGCGACACAAGCAAGAGCAGGAGGGAGCGGCCACAAGAUCGUCAAACGAUUCAACUUCAGACACCAGCAGCAAGGCCAAUACUUCAAGUAUAUAUUUGCUCCAAAAUGUUGAAACAGUGACUACAACUUCGCCAUCUACUCCCCAUGUUGGGCUCUUGGGUCACGUGAAGCCCGAGAAGGCAAAUAGUUCCUCGUUCCUGAGCAAUCAGCCGGAGGCCAUCGACUUGAGCCGGGCUCAGGCGCACCAGAAUGGCGAAGUGGCCACCAGCUCGCUGAGCUUCACCCCGGGAGGGGCUUCCAUUGACUACCCACGCUCCCAGGCCGUCGCCCAGUCGCUGUCCUUCACCCACUUUGUGGAAAACUCGCACCGCGAUGUCCUGCAGCGUCUGGACCGUACCAUGAGCGAAAUAAGUCAGGAGCUGCGCAGCCGCAACCGCAUCGAGCACAAUCGCCUGCUGUUGGAGGCGGCCAAGUUCAAGUAUCUGAACCCCAACUUCCAAUUUGAACCAACCCUAUAAGAGGGGAUAUUUGAAUAAUUUGAACUUUGAUCCUACCUCAGAAUACACAACCUAGAUGUACUGCAGGAUUAGUAUUUUCUUACAAAUAAAACUUAAAAACGAAA